AUUAUCAAUAAAAGUACACAAAUUGAGUCCAAACGAUGUGAUUGAUGUCCAAAAUAGCGGUCAAACAAAUAAAAUAGACAUUUAUUGCAGUUGUGGUCAAAACCGUUCAUUUACUCACUUCUUGAUGAGUUCACACUUAAAAUGGAUUGAAAGACCUCAAGAUGUGAUUGUAUUGACAGCUAACCACUUCGUGGUCUUUAAUGAGACAGCAAUUGUGGACCACUUUUACCGAAAGUGGACGCAAAUGAGUCGAUUCUUUGAUACUAAAAGUGUCACAAAUAUAACGAUUCCGUCGUUUAGAUUGUAUUGUAUAGCAAUCUCUUCCUCGGAGUCAUACAAAUGGCAUUUUGUGGUCAAUGUUGUCGAUAUGUUACGGGUGUCCACACUAUUGAUUGGAUUUAUUUUAUUUACUUUUGGGCCAAAUAUAAGUCGAUCUGUAAUAUUUUACUAUACAUCUUGCAUAUCACUGGGAAUUUUUGCAUCAUUUUUAUUAAUAUUUUUAAUAAUAGGUCGUUAUUUACCGCGGAAAAUCUCUGCAUUAAUAAUAAUGUUGGGCUCAUCAACACUAGUGUUUGCAUUCAAGAUAUUAUGGCAAACAUUUGAACAUUUUCUCAUUGAAAACAGUUUUUAUUUGAUUAUAUAUUUAAUAUUAUCGGCACUAAUAAGUUUUGCUUUGGCCUAUCGAUUUGGACCCAUCACUAAUCAUAGGACACUUAAUUUAAUGCAAUGGUUUUUACAGUUGAUUGGUUUAAUUUUUAUGGUUAUUAGUUGUGAGAUAUACGAGUACUCGAUGUUAUUCAUAUUAUCAAUAAUAUUAGUUAAAGUUUUACCAUUUAAAGGAUUAUUUUAUUUUAAAAGACGAAAAGUAAAAGUAAAGCUUUUGACUGAAGUCGAGUUUGAACUGCAAAGUGAUGUCCAAACAAAACAAUCUUUAGAAGAAUUGAGAAAAUAUUGUCUCAGUUCUCAAUGUAAUGCUUGGCAUAUCAUAUGUCAACUAAAAGAUCCGAUUAGAUUUGCCCGUUUUGUUGACGGAGAUAACCAUAUUUCUGACGAUGAAAUCAUUGCUUUUGAAAUCGACACAUUAUAA